CGCGCUGGUUUGGCUUUUGCAGAAAAAAGACGUACAAACCAAGGCAGGCAGAUGAUCGCGAGGGCAAAUGACAGCGCGAUCCCAGGGCCGGAGAUCAAGCGGCCGCGACAGGCUGGCGAUGGCAGAAGUCAUGCGCGCCUGUCGUUGGCCGGGCUUAAAGGAAAGAGAGCAAAGAGAAGAGGGGGUCUCAGUUGUUUUGUUUGGGGCCGAGAGAGAGUAAUAGAGAAAAGGAGAGGGCGAGCUGAAGGGAGAGAGGGAGCUCGAAGGGCAGCUUUUCCGUGGCCAUUCGUCCGCCAGAGAGCCGCCGUCCGCCGCAGUGCUCCCCUCCGAAUCAGAUCAAGCAAUAGGCGAAACCUUGGAGUCUCGGAUGACCAAGGCGUGGAGCGAUUUCCAUCAUACACAAGGCUUCCAUUCUCUCUUCCUCGAGGCCAUUUCUCUAUCCCUCACUCACCUCAAGCCCUCCCCUCCUCUUUCUUGGCCAUCGUCCUCGUCGCGUUUCCAUCUCUGGCUUCAGAAACCGCCAUCGUCCUCGUCGCGUUUCCAUCUUGGGUGGCUCGCGUGUCUUCACUAGACAGAUUAGCAUAUUUCCUUGCCAUCGCUAUUGGAUUCUCUCCCACAAAAGAUAAGAAUCGCCGUGCUACUCCUGUUCACUUAAGGAUGAAACCUGUGAAGUAUGGAGGCAGUCCCAAGAGAUUAGCGUGA